UCCUCUCGCUAUCUCUCUAUCUUUUUCCGUAUUGUCCUUUUUCUUUUCGUGUGUUUCUAUCUCUACACUGUUAUCAUACACCUCAGUUUCAAUGGCAACUGAAGAGCUCAGCAAAUUUGCUUUUCCUUUUCUUUUUUCUUUUUAUUUGGCUUAUUUUCGGUACUAUGCAUUAUUUGUGCUUGAAGCUUAGGAUUUUCUAGUGCCUAUUUGCUAUAAGGAUUGCUGCAACUUAAAUUUAUGAUAAAUCUCAAACAAAAUAUGAAUUUGAUUAUCUGAAAUACAUACACAGCACUAAGAAGUUGUAGGAAAAUUGUGGAAGAGGAAUCUGCGAAAAUGGAUACAAUCUGUUUUUUGCUGAAAAAAUUCCAUGUGAUUAGGUGUUGGAAGGCUGUGAGGUUGAUAUUGGCCCAACAACUCCGGCCGCAUCUGCCUCACCCACUUUUCCUUGGCUUGCAUCUCUCUCCAAAUUCCCAUUUUUGUCGUGUCUUAGAUUUCGCUCAUGUGGCCCUCCAAGAUUCUUGCUUUCCAUCUAUAUUGCAUCUCUCUCUCUCUCUCUCACCAACCACCACUUGUUGCAUUUUAUAUGUUGACAUCGUCAAAUUCCUACUCCAUGAUUCUUGCAGGCAACCACGCCCUAUCUUUUGAUUUUAAUACGCUCUCACUGGGAACUAACUAAAUUCUUUCUAGUGGGUUUUCCCUCUUAAUUUAACUAUCGUAUCCGCGGUGUAUUGUCUGUGAUUUCAAAUCUUAUAUUGCAUAUCAUAUUUAAGUGCCGAAGGGGCGUGGUCUUUUUGGCUUUGCAACACUCAUCUGGGAUUGAAGGGAAAGAGUAAAAGGCAGUUUUCUGUUUUGAAAGGCAUUUAGAGAGUGGAGAAGUCCCAAUUUGUUUGUUGUGGUAAACAGUUUGGUGUCUAAAGCAACUUCACAGAGAGUAUUGUGUGUAAAUGGGGGAUGUAGCUAAAGAUCUAACCGCUGGGACUGUGGGAGGAGCAGCACAGUUGAUAUGCGGGCAUCCGUUUGACACCAUUAAGGUCAAGCUCCAAAGUCAACCUGUUCCACUUCCUGGACAGGCUCCAAGAUAUUCCGGUGCCAUAGAUGCCGUGAAGCAAACAUUAGCUGCCGAAGGUCCAAGGGGCUUGUACAAAGGCAUGGGAGCCCCACUUGCUACUGUGGCAGCCUUUAAUGCAGUGCUCUUCACUGUUCGUGGCCAAAUGGAGGCCUUCUUGCGGUCUUCUCCUGGUACUCCUCUUACUGUCGGCCAGCAGGUUGUUUGUGGAGCUGGAGCUGGUGUCGCUGUCUCCUUCCUGGCUUGCCCCACUGAAUUGAUCAAAUGCAGAUUACAAGCCCAGAGUUCGAUAGCAACUUCUGGGCCGGCAGUUCCUUCUGGGCCGGGUGUUCCUUCCGUGUCAGCUGCUGCUGUUGCUGUCAAAUAUGGCGGGCCCAUGGAUGUGGCAAGACACGUUCUUCGGUCAGAAGGAGGCGCGCGGGGUCUGUUCAAGGGGUUGCUCCCAACCUUUGCGCGUGAAAUUCCUGGAAACGCAGCUAUGUUUGGCGUGUAUGAAGGACUAAAGCAGUAUCUUGCAGGAGGGCAGGACACUUCUAGUUUGGGAAGAGGUUCACUAAUACUGGCUGGAGGGUUAGCCGGAGCUUCGUUCUGGGGCUCUGUUUAUCCGACAGAUGUUGUCAAGAGUGUGCUGCAAGUCGACGACUACAAGAACCCCAAGUAUUCGGGCUCUGUCGAUGCAUUCAGAAAGAUAUUGAAGUCGGAAGGGGUGAAGGGCCUGUACAAGGGAUUCGGGCCUGCAAUGGCCCGAAGUAUUCCUGCAAAUGCUGCUUGCUUCUUGGCAUAUGAAGUUACUAGGUCUAGUUUAGGAUGAUUACCACUUAUAUCUUGCUUCAACUUUCCAAUUGAAAAUGUGAAUAUUUCAUAGCAGAGAAGAGCCAUAAUCAUUUCCAUAUUGGCACUUCUUAAAUUGCUCUCGUUUUAUCAUAAUCAAAUAUUGAGUUGGAAUUUUCUAUCAUCAA